AUGAUAUUUGCUAUAAAUGAGAUCAACAAAAAUCCUGAAAUAUUGCCUAACAUUAAACUUGGCUACAAGAUUUAUAACAACUGUGGAACCAUGGAUAUACUGAGAGCUGCACUGGCACUGGUGAGUGGACUAAAGGAUGAAAUCAGUGAUGACAGCUGCACUGAAAGUGAGACAGUGCAAGCUAUUUUAGGACAUUCAGGAUCAGGACCAACAAUUGCAUUUGAACAGGUUGUCGGAAGAUUCCAGGUGCCUGUGAUCAGCCAUUUUGCCACCUGUGCCUGCCUUAGUGACAGGAAAGAGUAUCCCACCUUCUUCAGGACUAUUCCCAGUGACUACUACCAAAGCAGAGCCCUGGCAAAGAUGGUUAAGCACUUUGGAUGGAACUGGAUUGGGGCUAUAGCUGUGGAUAAUGAGUAUGGCCUCUAUGGCAUUGCUGCAUUUAUUCAAGCGGCACAAGAAUUUGGAGUGUGCACUGAGUAUUCUGAAGCAUUUUCUUCAUCAGAUCCACCUGAUCGUCUACAAAGAAUAACUGGGAUCAUUAGGCAUGCUACUUCCAAAGUGAUUUUGGCUUUUAUGUCUCAUAGAGAAAUUAAAUUGCUGGCGAUUGAGUUGUACAAACAGAAUAUUACAGGACUGCAGUGGGUUGGCAGUGAUGCCUGGAUCACAGAUCCCUCUCUGGCUGAUAAUGAGGGACACAGCAUCUUGGUAGGCUCCCUGGGCUUCUCUGUAAGCAGUGCAAAGAUUCCGGGCUUGGAGGGGCACCUGAGGCAGCUCCACCCCUCACAGUUUCCUGACAGUCAGUUUGUCAGGGAUUUCUGGGAAGACGUGUUUCACUGCUCUCUGAACAACACUGCAAACACCCCAAAAAAGCCAUGCAGUGGCUUUGAGAGCUUGCAGAAUAUUCAGUCAUAUUUUACAGAUGUUUCUGAGCUUAGAUUCAUUAACAAUGUAUACAAAUCAGUCUAUGCUGUGGCCCAUGCUCUCCACAACCUGGUCACAUGUGAGGAGAAGAAAGGCCCUGUUUACAAUGAGAGCUGUGUUCUGACUAAACACAUUGAACCGUGGCAGGUUCUGCAAUAUCUCAACACUGUGAAUUUCACAACUAAGGAAGGAGAAAGAGUUUAUUUUGACAAUAAUGGAGACUCACCAGCGACAUACGAACUUGUUAAUUUACAAAUGACAAACAAAGACACCAUGGAAGGAGUAACAGUUGGCAUUUAUGAUGCUUCUCUUCCAGAGAGUCAUCACUUUAUCAUGAAUAACAACCCUGUUGUCUGGGGAAACGAACUGACCAAGGAUGUGCCUGUGUCAGUCUGCAGUCAGAGCUGUCUGCCAGGAACUCGCAAGGUCCUCCAGAAAGGAAAGCCCAUCUGCUGUUAUGAUUGCAUAUCUUGCCCAGCAGGCGAGAUUAGUAACUUAACAAAUUCAAUAUACUGUUUGAAAUGCCCAGCGGAGUACUGGUCCAACAAACAAAGAGAUGCCUGCAUCCCCAAAGAAAUAGAAUUCUUGGCAUAUGAUGAACUCCUGGGAACACUGUUAGUCUUGUUGUCAUUACUAGGAGUUUUUCUAUCUAUGAUCAUAAUACUAGUUUUCUACUACCACAGAGAAACCCCAAUAGUGCGAGCCAACAACUCUGAGCUGAGCUUCCUGCUGCUCUUCUCCUUGACUCUGUGUUUCCUGUGUUCUCUGGCCUUCAUUGGCUGGCCCUCUGAGUGGUCCUGCAUGCUGCGACACACAGCAUUCGGCAUCACCUUUGUCCUCUGUAUCUCUUGUGUUCUGGGGAAAACUAUAGUGGUGUUAAUGGCCUUCAGGGCUACACUUCCAGGCAGUAAUGUGAUGAAAUGGUUUGGGCCUGCACAGCAGAGACUCAGUGUUGUGGCUUUCACUCUCAUCCAGGUUGUUAUAUGUAUCCUCUGGUUAACUAUUUCUCCUCCUUUUCCAUUUAAGAAUUUUACCCAGUUCAAGGACAAAAUCAUCUUAGAGUGUGCUCUGGGAUCAGCUGUAGGUUUUUGGGCUGUACUUGGGUACAUAGGCCUUCUGGCCAUCUUAUGUUUUAUUCUGGCUUUUCUUGCUCGGAAACUGCCUGAUAACUUCAAUGAGGCCAAAUUGAUCACCUUCAGCAUGCUGAUAUUCUGUGCAGUCUGGAUCACUUUUAUUCCAGCAUAUGUCAGCUCUCCUGGGAAGUUCAGUGUAGCUGUAGAGAUAUUUGCUAUUCUGGCCUCCAGUUUUGGACUGCUCAUUUGUAUUUUUAUUCCAAAUGUUAUAUUAUCUUACUGA